UCAGGGACAGCCAUGGGCCCUUCUUCCCCCCUGCCGCGGGCCCGGGGUGGCUGUCUCUUCCCGUACCCGGCUGAGGCUGCCCGAGAGCUGUGGUUCACUGCUUCAUGAUUUUCUGCCGAUUCUGGACAAAGAUGGCAACCAAUGAUGCUGUUCUGAAGAGGUUAGAGCAGAAGGGUGCAGAGGCAGACCAGAUCAUUGACUACCUCAAGCAGCAGGUUGCUCUUCUCAAGGAGAAAGCAGUUUUGCAGGCAACUCUGAGAGAAGAAAAGAAACUUCGAGUUGAAAAUGCUAAACUGAAGAAAGAAAUAGAAGAACUGAAGCAAGAGCUGAUUCAGGCAGAAAUCCAAAAUGGAGUGAAGCAAAUUCCAGUCCCAUCUGAUACUCCCGUGCAAGCUAACUCUGCAGUUUCUGAAAAUGCGAAGCUCUCUCCAUCGGUGUCGACCACCUCUUCAAGUAUAAAAGAGCAGAUUAAAGGAGGGGGAGGAGAAGAAAAGAAAGUAAAAGAGAAAACUGAAAAGAAAGGGGAGAAAAAAGAGAAGAAGCAGCAGUCAGCAGCAGCAAGUGCUGACUCUAAGCCAGUAGAUGUUUCACGUCUGGAUCUUCGCAUUGGUUGUAUUAUUACUGCCAAAAAGCAUCCCGAUGCCGAUUCAUUGUAUGUAGAAGAAGUAGAUGUGGGAGAAGCAGCCCCAAGGACAGUCGUCAGUGGACUGGUGAACCAUGUUCCUCUAGAACAGAUGCAAAAUCGAAUGGUGAUUUUACUUUGUAAUCUGAAGCCUGCAAAAAUGCGAGGAGUGCUGUCUCAAGCAAUGGUGAUGUGUGCUAGUUCACCAGAGAAAGUGGAAAUUCUGGCCCCUCCCAGUGGGUCUGUUCCUGGAGACAGAGUUACUUUUGAUGCUUUCCCUGGAGAGCCUGACAAGGAGCUGAACCCUAAGAAGAAGAUCUGGGAGCAGAUCCAGCCUGACCUGCACACUAAUGCUGAGUGUGUGGCCACAUACAAAGGGGUUCCCUUUGAGGUGAAGGGGAAGGGAAUUUGCAGGGCCCAAACCAUGGCCAAUAGCGGAAUUAAAUAAGUGCUCUGUUCCUGAAAGACAUUGGUGACACCUUAAUAACAAUAAAGAGGAGUAUAUUUGUCAUUUACCCAUAAAA